CAUGGCUGCCUUCAGCGUCGCUACAGAUGUCGGACUAAAUAAGUGUUUGUUUUUCUACCCAAAGACCUUUAAAGUUAUCAGGAAAAUCACUACAUCGUGUUUACGCUGCAACAUUCAACCUCAGCCGCAGGCGAGACAGUAGGUUGCGUUGAUAAUAAACGUGGCGCUGUUUUGUUUUGCUUGAAACUGAUGCUUCAAUGACAUUUCAACUGGUACCUGGAUAUUUCGCCGAGCUUCGUCGACAUAAAAUACUUCCUUUAGAUAGUAGCUAUUGUUGAGGUGUUUCUUCUUGCUGCUUCUUUGUCAUUUUUUUGACUGACUUUCGCAAUCUUUUUACGCAGUUUCUCAUCAUUUCAUUGCUCACAUGCAUGGCAUACUCGUGUUUUGGCAGAUAAAACAUAAAAAUAUCAAAGUGGAUUGACUUACUGUUAAGUUGUGGAUGUUCUAAGACGUGAUGUUUGUUUGUUGAACGGCUUCACGCUCAGUCAAUCGUCCAAGGGCCUCGCAGCAGCUGGUGGGAGUCGUGGGCUUAGAGAUCCACGCUCAGAUUCACUCCAACACCAAGCUCUUCUCAGGCUCAGCGGUGAAAUUCUCAGCCCCUCCAAACUCCGUCGUAUCACUGUUUGAUGCGUCUUUGCCCGGCACCUUACCGGUCCUAAACCAACGAUGUGUGGAGGCCGCUGUGAUGACAGGAUUGGCUCUCAACUGCCGCAUCAACAACAAGUCACUGUUCGACAGGAAACACUACUUCUACGCCGACCUUCCUUCCGGAUACCAGAUCACACAGCAGCGCUGCCCCAUUGCCGUCGACGGCAAGUUGACCUACAACGUCUUCGGUGGCAAAAAGAAAAACGUGUUCCAAAAGAGCGUCAACAUCAAACAGAUCCAGCUGGAGCAGGACAGCGGCAAGAGUCUCCACGACGACGUCCGCGGCCAGACGCUCAUAGACCUCAACAGAGCAGGCGUGGGGCUAAUGGAGCUGGUGAUGGAGCCCGACAUGAGCUGCGGAGAGGAAGCUGCGGCAGCUGUCAGAGAACUUCAGCUCAUCCUGCAGGCCCUAGGCACCUGUCAGGCCAACAUGUCUGAGGGACAGCUGAGGGUGGACGCCAACGUCUCCGUGCACAGAGCGGGUGAAGCCCUCGGCGUCAGGACGGAGGUGAAGAACAUCAACAGCGUUCGCUAUCUGGCCAGAGCCAUCGAUUAUGAGAUCCAGAGACAGAUUGAUGUCCUGCAGAGCGGCGGCACCGUCCACAACGAGACCCGCGCCUACGAUUCCAAAACGGGGGAGACGGUUCCCAUGCGAGACAAAGAAGGGCUUCAGGACUACAGGUUCAUGCCGGAGCCCAACCUGCCUCCUCUGAUGGUGUACGAGGACGAGGCGUCGCUGCCGAGCGGCGCCGACGCCAGUCAGGCGGUGCUGGUGCGGCCAAUAAGAGAGCAGCUGCCGGAGCUGCCGGCGGUCAGGAGGGACAGGCUGGUCCAGACCUACGGCAUCCUGCCCGAGCACAGCUGCACCCUGGUGAAUGAAGACGGACUCGUCGAGUACUUUGAGUCGGUGCUGCAGGCGACCAGGAAGGAGCCGAGAGCCGUGAUUGGCUGGGUGACCAACGACCUGCUGGGCCUGCUCAAGCUGCAGGACAUGAGCGUGAGCCAAAGCCCCGUCGGGCCACCUGCUCUCGCCCAGCUGCUGCAGCUCCAGGAAACAGGAGGCAUCUCGUCUUCAGUGGCGAGGCAGGUCUUCCAGGAGAUGUGGAAGUCGCCGCACAAGUCCGCCCAGCAGAUCGUCCAGGAGCAGGAUUUGGGAAUCGUGAGCGACGCUCAGGAUCUGCAGCGAAUCUGCCAGGAGGUGAUGGACUCGCAUCCCGAUGAGGUCCUCGCUGUGAGAAGUGGGAACAAGAAAGUGCUGAACAGGCUGAUGGGGCUCGUGCAGAGAGCCACCAAGGGCAGGUCGGACCCGCUGCGGGUGAGGGAGAUCCUGGAGGAGAAGACCUCAUGAGCCGCAAGCAUCAAGCAAGCCCUUCUUCUAAUCGCAUGGAGUCUGGCAGGAGUUGGUGAAGCAAACACCUUCAGACAGAAUCUCUGGCUCUGCACUAAAUUAUUUUCAAUUGUUUAUUAAUAAAACAAACCAAUGUU